UACCAUCUCGCCGUCUGCCUGCAUCCCAUCAUCCGUCAAUAAGAUCCAACUACGACCAUGGCGAUUUGACUAAUUCGUGAAUUGUCAUGCAAUAACAUGUGCGACCAUUAAAACCUUUUUUUUAAAUGGCUGACAGACCUCACACGAUGCUUGAGCCUCGAAGAAACAAGCAAGCCCCUUUUAAUAGGCUAAUCAAUCUUCAUAAAUGGGGCCAUAAUACUUCGUGUGAUGAAAGUUCUGUUGAUUUCAACAAGCUUGUUGCCUCUGCAAUGCAUGAUAUCUCAACCAUGAUACUGCUGUUGCAUCAUGCAGGCUGAAUAGGCGAUGGAACUGUCGCUAGCAGAUGGUGCAGAAGAUACA